AACCAAAUCUAAUUAGUCGCUCAUAGAUUAUCAAUUCUCUAAGUACAUGAUAUAUUAAGAAUAUAUAUGCAUAUAUAAUUAUAUUUCAGACCUGGUAGUAGCUAAGUGUAGUUAAAAAUAAACUUUUUCUUUGGUGUUAGAUCAUUUCAAUUACUUAAUCAAAUACGUUUAUAUCUAAUGCGUUUUGAAAUUGCCGACAUUUUUUUACAAUCCACAUAUGAUAGUUUCUGAUUCUAGUAUACAUUGACUGAGUCAAGUUAUUAAGAUUGUUUACUAAAUUUGCCUAAAGGUGGACUGUAAGAAAAGAACAUAUAACAGCAUGAUGUGAUAUCAUAACCUUUAGCCAUUAUUAGGUCCCCCAUCUAACCAAACUCUAACAAAAAUUCAAACACCUUCUUCUACAUAAAAAUCUCAUAAUAAUUUUCCACUUAACCAUGCUAUUAUUUCACGGACGAAAUGACAUAAUUAUUUAACAAAAAAAAAAAAAAUUUUGUUUCUAACAGAAUGACUUUGAAUUCAUUUUAGCUACACAAGUACGUUUUGAAUUAAUUAAACUCGCGAAACAACUUAUAUUAUAGAUCAUUUGGCGAAAAAGUAUUUAAGUUUCAGUUACAAAAAAAAAAAGUAUUUAAGUAAUCAUAAAUCAUGUUCAUGCCCCAAAGAGAAAAAAGGACACUAUCCAACAACUGUUCUUUUGCUUUAUUUUUUCUACCGUUGACUGUAUUGAGCACAAUCUCUUCUUCAUCUUCUAAAACUAUCCACUGCUUUUUAACUUUAUCUUCCAAAUUCUAUUUUUUUAUUUAAAUUUACUUUCACUUUCGACACACAACACCAAGAUAAAUAGGCAGCCAUAUAGGUUUUCGUUUUACAAAACAUUUAGCAAAUCAUUCAGAAAGAAAAAAAAACACAAAUUUAACAUGAGUGAGCUUCUCUACUCUUUACCCACUUGGGAUCUACAUAACCUUGGAUCACUCUUCAAGCCUGACUUCAAUCCUGAUGCAUGUGGAUACAUAAAUGGAUCGCCGCAACAUAUUUACAAAUCACCGGAGAUGGAUUAUUCCGACGUCUCCACAGGUUACCUUGAGGACGCACUUAUCGAGUCUUGUGAGAGAAGCAAAAGAAGACGUCUUUUGUUCGAGGAUCCAUCAAAAUCUCUUAACGAUAGCUACUCAUCGCAGAACGAUUGGGGCCUGCAUGAGAGUUAUAGCUGUUUGGAAAGUCAGUUUGUCACUCCACCUGUUAACACAGAUGAACGUAUGAAAGGAAAACUUAGCCUUGAGGAGCCGAUAAUGACCGUCUACGAGUCUCCCGAUUUUUCUGUUUCUCCUGACAAAAUCUAUGUCCGAGAAAAAUCUACAACCGAACCAUCUUCGUCUAAUUGUAUUAAUAAGAACAAAGGACUAGUCUAUCCAUUUGGAUUGGUGAAACCAGGUGGUCGAGAAGAAGACAUAACCCUAAAUGACGUAAAUAAGAGGAUUCUAAUGCCACCGGCUCGACCGGUUCGACAUCCCGUUGGAGACUUUGCCUCUAGACCGUGCAUCUCGACACAUGGGCCAGGUCUCUCCGGUAAAACCGUGGUGGCUCUUACUAGGAUCCAAACACAAGGAAGGGGUACAAUUACUAUAAUCAGAACUACGGGGUGAAUUAUUUAAUAUUAGUAGUCAGUUGUGGUUGUGGUUGUAUGUGUAAUAUAAUUGAGGUUAACUGUAGAAUAGAAAGCCAAAGUAAUCAUUGGCUAUGAGAGAAACUUUCAACUUUUGUAAAAAGAAAAUAGGGAGGUAUAAUUCGAAAAAUGCUGUACAAUAUAACCGGUGGAUUUUUCAGAUAUGAAUACUCACAUUACCUUCUUUUGAAUUUCUUGAUAUUGAUAUUGAGUUUUUUAAACUAUUUUAUCAUAUUUUCCAAAACAUGUUAUUUAUUAAGAGAAUUACAUCACAGGCUAAAUAUAUAAAGUAUGAUACGUACAGAAGAAUAAAGAAAAAAAAAACAAAGAAUAAUUAAAUAAAGCAAAAAAUGAAAUUCUAAAAUGAAAAAAGAAAAGAGUAAAAGGUUAAAAAGAUAAAUAAUAUGAAAUAUUUAAAUGUUUUUGGUUAAAUAUUUUUAUUUAUUAGUUUAAAACAAUUCUUAAUGAUUUUUAUAAAUGAUUGGUACUCUGUUUUGGAACAUAACAACAUAUUAAUUACAAUUUAUUCAAAGAAAAAACAUAUUAAUUACAAGAAAAUAUAAAACUCUCGAGUCUAGAAUUAAUUACUAGAAGAAAAUAUCAGAACUUUAUCGAAUGAGGUCAGUACUUACUCAGUAGUGUUGAAAUAAAGUUCACUAGUGUUUGACAAAAGAUGAAAGUUCGUCAGUAUUAUAAUAGCCGCAUCUCGUUUAGGUCCAAUCUUUAUCAGCUUUAGAUCACCACCGUUGUUUGAUGUAUAUAUUGACGAAACCACACGACGAGGAUCAAAGCUCAUGACGUCGUGCUUUUGUUAUGUUACGUAUGUCGGCAUGAGUUAAUACGACAAACAAAAAAUGUAUAAGAAAAGUGGUAUGUGACCUAUAUCCAUAUUGAUAGUGCAUGCAUGUGUCUCAUCGUGGAUUUGGUUAAAACUAGUGAUAUUUUUGUAAUAUGUUAGCUAUUUAACCUUUUUUCUUCUUAUACUUGAAGAUCUUGAACCGAAUGCAAAGACUACUUGUCUUUUUUAAACACUAUUUCAAAGGAUUACAAGUAGGAUCAGAGUAAAUCCCAAUAAAGACAGGGUUUAAAAACAGACUAGACAAAACAUACUUUAAACAUGAAAAAAUCUGAGCCCAGUUGAAAACCCAAUAGCAAUAUAGGAUUGAAAGAGAUUCUCAGAGAUCACGCUAUUAGCAAUUUGGAUAGUCCCUCUAAAAACUUUGCGUGAUGCCCAUAAUACACACCAUUUCAAAAAACCUUGGAGCAUUGGAAUGAGCUUUGAGGUAUAGAACUUGAGAGCUGGCCAAGCUGAUGGCUUAACGAUUGCAAAGACUACUUGUCUACUCCAACGUAUCCGAAAAGUCGGUUAUUAUUUUAUUUUUAUUUUGCUAAGAAAACCGGUUAUUAUUUGAAACGUUAAUAUUGGCUAAACAUUGCCAAACUCGUAUAAAGAAUUACGUGAUUUAUAUUUCAACUCUGAGAGUCUCAGAUACAUUAUUACACAACUGGUCAUCAUAAGAGUUCGACGGUUAACCAUAUUUUGUUUCUAAUGCGAACAUAACUUAUAGUUCAAAAAGAAAACUAACAUAAGUUUUGACGUCAUUUCAGUGGAGUCGGGUCCAUUUGUUCAACAACCAACCUAUUAAAAAAUUGACCGUAGCCAAAGGGGAUAAAAAGAGAGGAGAAAAUUUUGCGGUCUUACUUGUCGGGUUGUGAAGUCGUGGUUCCUGGUUACUAGUGGGGAUGAUAUCGUUCGGCAGGCUAUAGGCGGCAGCGAUAGAUCCGAUUUGAGAAGACUGAGGGUCUUCGGGUUUUGAAGCGGAUGGAAUCGUCGGUUGGCCGAGGGCAGCUUCGAUUUAUCCAGAUCACUGUGGUUCCUAAAUUGGGAGGGUCUUGUAAAUUGAAGUUUGUCUAUAGAUGUUUUCGUUGUGAUGUUCUAGUUUCCCUAAGGUGCCCUGGUGUGGGCUGAUAGGUUCUUUCUUAAUCGUAAUUGUUUUGUGUCUGUAAGCUGCCCUGGUGUGGGCUCAAGCUGCUCCGUUGUGGGUUAAAGUUGCCUUUUCUUUAGGCUUUUGUAACAAACUCUUGAAUGAAUGAAUAUUUUUAGACGGAAAAAAAAAAGAGAGGAGAAAAUGAGCAAGGUAAACAUGAAUUGAAUACAGUAAGAAUUGGGUUUCAAAUUGGCAGAAAUUGUUAAACAAAAUUUCUUUUUGUAAGAAGCAGGAAAACCGAAUUUACAUAAACUAUUAAAUAAAAUGAUAUUAAGGAAAUAGAGAAUAAAGACGACAAAAAAACGUUUUUGUAAACAUGACCAUGGAGUCGAGAUAUGAUAUCUAUUUCCUUAACAUUUAAUAUUCGCUCCGUAAGUGCGACGAAUCAUAGUGGAUAUAGAUUUUAAGAUAAACUAUGAUAGAAUUUCACGCGCGACUCGUGAACAGUCCUACAAACUAUAAUACUACAAACACUUUCGAAUUAAAAACUUACAUGUAAUUAGUACUCUCUCUGUUUUAGAUUACUUGUCGUUGUAGGGUAAAAUUUUUGUUUCAAAAUAAAGGCCAUUUUAUAAUUUCAAUGCAAAAUUUAUUUAUUUUAUAUUUUAAUUGGUUGAAAUGUUGUUAGGUAUAUUGGUAAUGAUGUCUUUAUCUAGUAAAUAUACAAAAAUAAAUGUUUUCUUAAUCUGUGUGCCGAAGUCUAAAACGAAGGAAGUAACUACUAAAAGUCGGAAAAUAAUGUACCACUAGAAAUGGUGUUAAAAAAAAUGUACUACUAGAAAACUAAUCCAUAUAUAUUUGAAAGAUUGAUGCUUUAGAACUUGCAUUAUAUUCAUAAAAAAUAAAAACAUAAUUUUGUUUAUUAAUUUUAAUCAACUUUAUUUGUUUUCUAAUAAAAUUCAUUUACUUAUAUUUAUAGAUUUUAAAUUAUAUGUUAGUUUUAAAAUGCAUCAAUUAAAGUUUAAAACAUUAUUUUUUUAAAUACAGAAAUAAAAUCUGAAAGCCUUUAAAAACAGAAGGUAUAGUAGAAACUAGAAAAUAAUAUUAUAAAAAUCGAUUAUAGAUGUUGUAUUGCUUCAUGUAUUUUCCAGUCUUAUAUCUUCCAUUCACAAGAAGUAUAUUUCCAAAACAUACAAAGAAUACAAAAUAACACAAAUCAUAUAGUAUAGUAAAUUCAAAUAUCUUAAUGUAAAAUAUUCAUAUGGCAAAAAAAAUUGAAUUUUAUUUGUUACAUUUCUAAUUUUAUUUGCAAUGAGAUGUCUUUACCAUUUGCGUUUCUCCGAAAUAAAAAACCAAAAUCAGAUCUCACAAUUUCCCCUAACAGCAACACCAUGAAACCACCGACGACGCUGCUCCUCUUCGUCGGAGCUCUUAUCUUCUUCGCCGCUGGAAACGUCAGAUCCGAUGCCUCCGAUCAUCGUUACAAGGAAGGCGACUCUGUCCCCCUUUACGUUUCACAAUCCAAAGGUACGAGCAAGAUUGAUUGCUUUUCACUGUGAAUCUUGAGAUCUUAGGGACUCAGUGUUGUUUAUUUUGAUCCAUUGGUUUGGCAGAGGGUGUGAAAGAUAAGAAGGAAGCUUUUGGUGAGGUUUUGAACGGUGACAGGCUCGUUGCUGCUCCGUAUAAGCUUAACUUCAGAGAUGAGAAAGAACUGCAAAAAGAAGCUUAGCAGAAAAGAAGUUGAACAGUUCCGAAGAGCUGUUGAGAAAGACUAUUACUUUCAGAUGUACUACCAUGAUCUUCCUAUCUGGGGAUUCAUUGGGAAGGUUGACAAGGAGAGCAAAUCGGAUCCGAGCGAGUUCAAGUACUUCCUCUACAAGCACAUCCAGUUCGAGAUUUUGUAUAAUAACGACCGAGUUAUCGAAAUUAAUGCUAGGAUGGAUCCUCAUUCGCUUGUGGAUCUCACUGAGGAUAAGGAAGUUGAUGCGGAGUUUAUGUACACUGUGAAGUGGAAGGAGACGGAGACGGAGACUCCUUUUGAGAAGAGGAUGGAUAAGUACGCCAUGUCGUCUUCUCUUCCGCAUCACUUGGAGGUUCACUGGUUCUCUAUCAUAAACUCGUGUGUUACUGUCCUCCUCUUGACUGGUUUCCUUGCGACCAUCUUGAUGCGAGUCCUCAAGAAUGAUUUCAUGAAGAAACUGGAUGGAAGUACAUUCACGGGGACGUGUUCCGGUUCCCGAAGCACAAAUCUUUAUUUGCUGCAUCACUCGGUAGCGGGACACAGUUGUUCACUCUCACCAUAUUCAUCUUCAUGCUUUCACUUGUUGGUGCGCUCUCUCCAUACAACCGAGGAGCACUCUUCACCGCUUUGGUCGUUAUCCACGCUCUAACAUCUGGAAUAGCGGGAUACACCGCCUCCUCUUUCUACUGCCAACUCGAAGGAAAGAACUGGGUGAGAAACUUGUUACUCACUGGAGGUCUCUUCUGUGGCCCAUUAUUCCUCACCUUCUGCUUCCUAAACACCGUCGCAAUCGCCUACAGUGCAACCGCAGCUCUUCCCUUCGGAACUAUCGUUGUGAUCGUCCUUAUAUGGACACUAGUGACCUCGCCUUUACUUGUAUUGGGUGGCAUCGCCGGUAAAAACAGCAAAGCGGAGUUCCAAGCUCCAGUCAGCACAACUAAGUAUCCACGUGAGAUCCCGCCACUCCCAUGGUACAGGAGUGCUAUACCUCAGAUGGCCAUGGCUGGUUUUCUUCCUUUCAGUGCCAUCUACAUCGAGCUAUACUACAUCUUUGCCAGUGUUUGGGGCCAUCGGAUCUACACCAUUUACAGCAUCCUCAUCAUCGUCUUUAUCAUCCUAUUGAUCGUUACCGCUUUUAUAACCGUUGCCCUCACUUACUUCCAACUCGCCGCUGAAGAUCACGAAGGGUGGUGGAGGUAAGAUCACGUUGCUGCACUUUUAUUACAUCCUUCGCAGAGAUUUUGAAUCUUUUAAUCUUUAUUUGCAAAUCAUUCCUAUGCGGUGGGUCGACUGGUUUGUUUAUCUACGCGUACUGUUUAUACUAUUACUAUGCGAGAUCAGACAUGUCUGGUUUCAUGCAAACAUCUUUCUUUUUCGGUUACAUGGCUUGCAUUUGCUACGGGUUCUUCCUCAUGCUUGGGACUGUUGGCUUCCGUGCCGCUCUUCUCUUCGUCCGUCACAUUUUCGAUUAAAUGCGAGUAAAACUGUUGCUGGCAACCACACACUCUCAAAGCUUCACUUGCGAUUCUUUUGGGUAGAACAAAGAAGAUGAAGAAAGAGAUCCGUACUUUAGGUAAGUAGAUAAAGACGCUGUUUUAAAGCCACAGAUCGAAACAUCAAAUGACUUUUUAAGGUUUUAUAUUCGUAAGUUUGUGUCUAAUGUUUAUGUUGAAAAUUGUUUUGCUAUAGGGAGUCUCUUAUACUUU